AAAACCAUGUCUGGGCGCGGCAAAGGCGGCAAGGGUCUGGGUAAGGGAGGCGCUAAGCGCCACCGCAAGGUUCUGCGCGACAACAUCCAGGGCAUCACCAAACCCGCCAUCCGCCGCCUGGCCCGGCGUGGCGGUGUGAAGCGCAUCUCCGGCCUCAUCUACGAAGAGACCCGCGGGGUGCUGAAAGUGUUCCUGGAGAACGUGAUCCGGGACGCCGUCACCUACACCGAGCACGCCAAGCGCAAGACUGUCACCGCCAUGGACGUGGUCUAUGCGCUUAAGCGUCAGGGACGAAAAAGUCAAACAGUACUGUGGGUGUGUGGUCAAUCACUUGUCAUGGCUCGCACUAAGCAGACCGCUCGCAAGUCGACCGGCGGCAAGGCCCCGCGCAAACAGCUGGCCACCAAGGCGGCCCGGAAGAGCGCACCGGCCACGGGCGGCGUGAAGAAGCCGCACCGCUACCGGCCCGGCACGGUGGCCCUGCGCGAGAUCCGCCGCUACCAGAAGUCCACGGAGCUGCUGAUCCGCAAGCUGCCGUUCCAGCGGCUGGUGCGCGAGAUCGCGCAGGACUUCAAGACCGACCUGCGCUUCCAGAGCUCGGCCGUGAUGGCGCUGCAGGAGGCGUGCGAGGCCUACCUAGUAGGGCUCUUCGAGGACACCAACCUAUUUACUGCGACAACAGCCAUGUCUGGUCGUGGGAAGGGUGGUAAAGGCCUCGGUAAAGGCGGCGCUAAGCGUCACCGCAAGGUCUUACGGGACAACAUCCAGGGCAUCACCAAACCGGCUAUUCGUCGCUUGGCCCGCCGUGGUGGUGUCAAGCGCAUUUCCGGGCUAAUAUACGAGGAGACUCGCGGGGUGCUGAAAGUGUUUUUGGAGAACGUGAUUCGGGACGCUGUUACCUACACCGAGCACGCCAAGCGGAAGACUGUUACCGCCAUGGACGUGGUUUACGCACUCAAACGCCAGGGCCGCACCCUUUACGGCUUUGGUGGUUGAUCACGGCAUCAGCCGAGACAGACCUCGACAUUUAAAAAAAACAAAAAGGCCCUUUUCAGGGCCGCCCACAAACUCGCUGAAGGGCUGUUGGACGUUGCGGAGGUGUGUGAAAGCCAAAUGUCAGAGUUAAUUUCACAUGUGAAGUAUGGUCGGAAGCUGCAUUAACAACGCAGUUAUCUGAGAUGUAAGCUCCAGGAGGACAGUGACUUUGUCCUUUUCCAAGGAGACAGUCACUGAAGAUGGCCGGAGGAACAAGAACCAGAAGGUGGUCCUCAGGACCAGAAGAGAAAGGGAAGAAAUCCCCUCCUUAGACCAUCCCAAAACUCUGUCUUCAUUCCCUCUGUGGUGAAAAUAUCAAAGACGAGGUCCAGCAUAUGUGGGAGGAUGAAAACCAGGAAAGCAGAGUGUGUGCAAAUCUGGCUGCAGUACAGAACAUGAGAGAAAGAGGCCGCAGACAGUGGGUAGGGGAAGAGUCCAUCAAACCGUGUUUCAGGUCUUUGGAGUAUCCUAAAGGAAGAUACAGCUCUUUCAGACCCAUUCCAGACCAUCCAUGAUGCCCCAGCUCACAUGCCAGAAGGAUAAAGACCCCACAGCCCCUUCCCCUCAUUUCCAGCUUAUUAAAAUUUCUGAUCAUUUUAGGACCGUAAAAAAUUCUGUAUGAUAUUAUAACAAUGAAUAUAAGUCAUUAUACAUUUGACCAAACCCAUAGAA